UCCAUUCUUUCUUGUCUCCCUUUCUCUUUCUCUUUCUCUCUCUCUCUCUCUCUUCCAUAUUUUCAGAAGAGAGAGAAAAUUUUCUGAGAUUCAGAUCUAACAAUCCUAACCUGCACACCCCACAUACCCGAAAUACACUCUCUAUAAGAAAGAAAGAAAGAAAGAAAUGGCAGCUGUGUCCCCUCUAGCCAAAUACAAGCUGGUAUUCUUGGGUGACCAAUCCGUAGGCAAAACCAGCAUCAUUACUCGCUUCAUGUACGAUAAAUUCGACGCCACCUACCAGGCUACAAUUGGAAUCGAUUUCUUGUCAAAAACAAUGUACCUUGAAGAUCGGACAGUUCGUUUGCAGCUUUGGGAUACUGCUGGGCAAGAAAGAUUUAGGAGUCUCAUUCCAAGCUACAUCAGAGAUUCUUCUGUUGCCGUAAUUGUCUAUGACGUAGCAAAUAGGCAGUCAUUCCUGAAUAUUAACAGGUGGGUUGAAGAGGUACGUACAGAACGGGGCAGUGAUGUCAUCAUCGUACUUGUUGGGAACAAAACUGAUCUUGUUGAUAAAAGGCAAGUAUCUAUAGAGGAGGGAGAUGCCAAGUCUCGUGAGUUUGGAAUCAUGUUUAUAGAAACCAGUGCAAAAGCAGGAUUCAAUAUCAAGCCUCUCUUCCGUAAGAUUGCUGCUGCCUUGCCAGGGAUGGAAACACUUUCUUCCACAAAACAGGAAGACAUGGUUGACAUAAAUCUAAAACCCACUGCCAAUUCAUCCCAUCAAGAGCAGCAAGGAGGUUGCUGGUGCUAGAGAAAUGUAUCUGUUUCAGAAGAUAAAGAGAGAGAGAGAGAGAGAGACGCAGUUCAGAUAUGAAAGCUGAGUGAGAUCAGGCGCUUUAUAGCUAGAUGAAGUUGCGGCAGACUUGAAUGUUUAGUGAACAAAGGUAGUAAUGCUUUUGGUCUGACAAACAACGGUUGAUAUUUUGGAAUCUUUAUUACCAUUAGCAUUUGUUUUCUGCAGUACUUGUCUUGAAAUUUAUCCCAAAUGUUAUUAGUGUGACCUGCAAAUUCUCUUCAGGAUUUCAUUUAUUACAAAAGAAACUCUUUGGAUA